AUAGUGCUGUGUUCACGGAAGUGCUGUGGAUCUCUGGUUUCCAUGGGUUUCCCUGGAAACGGUGGUGGUCCGUGUUCGGGCUUCGGCCCGUUGCUGCUUCUCGGUGGUCUGUCCGCCGUCUAUCUGCGGACAGUACAGCGCACGGUGCCCGGGGGAGACUCUGGAGAGCUGGUGACUGCUGCUUGCGAACUGGGGGUGGCACAUCCUCCUGGAUAUCCAUUGUUCACUGUCUUGGCUAGACUGGCAAUGACCAUUCUUCCAGUAGGCUCCCCUGUUUUCAGAGUCAAUGUUUUAAAUGCUAUAUUGGGAGCAGCUACAGCCCCAUUAAUCUUUGAGACAGCUGGGAGGUUGUCAGAUUCGUACACUGGAGGAAUUCUCGCUGCUGGCCUCUUUGGCUUUUCUCGGUUGGCAUGGCAGUGGUCUGUUGCAGCUGAGGUUUUCACCUUGAACAAUUUUUUUGUUGGUCUUCUCAUGGUCCUGACAGUUCGAUUCAGUACAGCAGCCACAUCACAGGAAAGGUCAAAGCUUUCUCUGUUGGGAGCAUUCAGUUGUGGCUUGAGUCUGUGUAACCAGCAUACCAUUGUUCUCUAUGUGAUGUGCAUCGUGCCCUGGGUGUUGUUUCGACUACAAAGAGAGAAGGAGUUGUCUGUGAGGACCAUGCUGAAGUUAGGCCUGUGUUUUGGAGCUGGUCUGCUGCCGUAUCUUUAUCUGCCCAUUUCAUCUUACCUGAAUCGAGCCCGUUGGAGCUGGGGAGACCAGACCACUUUGCGAGGCUUCACCACUCACCUGCUGCGGGAGGAAUAUGGCACAUUCAAUUUGGCUAAAUCGGACUCUAGUUCUGGACUGCUGCAAGUAGUGAGUUUUCAGAUGGCACAAAUGAAGAACGAACUUUCAACAAUUGGAGCAACCUUGGCACUCACUGCCAUCCCACUGCAGGGCUUUAAAAGGAACUUCCCUCAGCGUUCAGUGUUGUGGCUGUUCACUGUCAUGCUCUGCUCCUAUUCCUUGUUCUUUUCCUGGAGAGCAAACCUGGACAUCAGCAAACCCCUGUUUGUUGGAGUGAUUGAAAGGUUCUGGCUGCAGAGCAAUUUGGUGGUUUGUGUCCUGGCAGGCUGUGGUCUAGCUUCAGUCUCCUCAGUAUUACGGAGAAUAAUGGGUAAUAAUGCACUGUGCUGCUGGGCAGAGUGGCUGUUUGUCAGCAGUCUCAUUGCCUUUCAAAUCCAUCUGAACUACAGGAUAUGUGACCAAAGUAAGAAUGGAAUUGUGGAUAAGUUUGCCAGAAAUCUGUUGGGCAGCCUGCCCCCAAAUGCAAUAAUCCUGGUUCGUGGAGAUCUCCCAGGAAAUUCCCUGCGAUAUCUUCAUUAUUGUGAGGGACAAAGGCCUGACCUUAGCCUAGUGGAUCAGGAGAUGAUGACCUAUAAUUGGUAUUUACCGAAACUAAGCAAGCACCUACCACAUGUCCAUUUCCCGGGGAAUCGCUGGAACCCCAUAAUCCGGAAGGAUUCUGCUGGGAUUGUGACAUUCAACCUGCAUCACCUAUUCAAUGAGAACAGAGACAAGCAGAUCUUUGUGUGUAUAGGACUGCAUGAAGGAGACCCAAGCUGGAAGUACAAUUACUCUCUAUGGCCUUGGGGGGUCUGUGAGAAGCUGGUUCACUCUACCAAUCAUUUCAACCCAGAAUAUUGGAUCCAGCACACUAAGAACUUGUACAACUGGACAGAGGAAUAUGGCAGGUUUGACCCGGCUUCUUGGGAAGCUAUUGCAAAUGAAGAAAUGUGGCAAGCAAGGAUGAAGACUCCUUUCUUCUUAUUUGAGUUAGCUGAAAAUCCACAACAAACAGAGUCAGUCAAGGUGCAGCUCUAUGUGUUUGCCUAUCAAUUAUACAAGGAACUCGUUAUGGCAAAAACACACCCAGUUAAUUGGCACAAAAAUUAUGCCAUAGUGUGUGAGAGGAUGCUGUGGCUCCCUGCACGGACUGCUGCUGGUGUGGACCCAAAAUUUCUCCUGUCAGAAGCUAUCAAUCAUUUUUCACUCUAUGUGGCAAAAGCACCAGAAGACCCUCAGAAAAGUGCCAUUGUUGAGGUUAUCAAACACCUACAAAAGGAACAAGUAAGAGCAGGAACCAAGUAGAAGAUAAGCAGUCAGACUUUGGACUAAUGUUCUCCUAAGUGAUGAAGGAAAUUUGCCCAAUUUUGUUACGCAGCAGAGAAGUAUCCUUCUGAACAUUUGGCAAAUACUCAAAAUUGACAGUUAGACCACUUAAUGAAGCCAGAAAAUCGACAAGUUAUGCAGCUUACUUGGUUAAUGAAUCUAGUCUAGUUAAGUUGCAUUGCAUGUGGCCGAGUGGUACCUGGAUGACUGGCCUCUGGUUCGCAGUUGACUGGUUUGUAGCAAUUUAAUGUACGUCUUAUAUAUCUUGGGAGUACCACUAAGCAGUUGAGAAUUUUACAAACAUGUUCCUUGCAGUAUAGCAAGUUCUGUACAGUCUACACUGGUGAAACGUCAGUAUGAAUUAGAAUUAAUAGUCUGCCAUUUGAUAAAGUAAUGGCUGAUCACCUUCAUCUACUGAACUAACAAAUGUCUCAAAUUCCACCAGUUACCAUAUACUUGAAUGCAUUGCUCCACUGCAUUAGCCGAGCCCUCUGGAUUACUACUGAUCCGGUGGCUUCCCAAUCUGCUGGUGAAUCUAGGUAAUUAUUGAAAAGUUAAAUCCAUGUUUGGUGUGGACUGGUUGGACCAAAGGGUGCGUUUCUGUGCUGUAUCACUCAAUGGGUAGGUCACCUGUGAAAGAAAAAAAACUGCUAGACAAAACCAUGGUAUAGAUGUCUUUUUUUUUAAAUCAGGCCCUGAUGUCCAAACUUCAAUUUUGCAGGGAUUCUGAGGUUAAGGGCACUUUCUCCUUAGAAAUUCCAUUUACAUUCAUGUUUGAAUCAAAAUGGAGGUAGAAUUGAUAAUCCUCCACAAACCCAAACUGAGUAUCAGUACCUCUUGACAGCACUACUGAUUAUCUAUCGAAAAUUAAGUGAAUGUAUGGAAUGUUUAUUGACUAGAUCGAUUUGUUCUUUGUUUUGUGUAUGAGUGCACGAUUCUAUCGUAUCCAGUGAGUACCUCUGAGCCACAAAGCAUGGGUUCCAAUCUCACAUGGUCCAAAGGUGUAAUAUCAUUAAAUAGCUUGAUUAAAAAUAUCUACACAGCCAUGUUCUCAAUUUCAAAUAAAACCUGACUCUGCCCACAUUCAUCUUUUGAAAUGAUCACUUAUUUUAUGAAACCUCCAAGUAUUUAUUUUAGUCUUAUACAAGCAACAAUUGAAUGGAUACCCAUUUUUUCAAAAAAACCUAAAACUAAAAAUCAUGACAUUGAAUCCUGUUUGAGUUUAGAAUCUGAACCAAAUGAGAGAUGAACAGGAUGUGACUAAUGAUUUGCAUCAAACCCUCUGUACUUCAAUAUAUAUGUAUGAUUCACAUAUUCCCAUUUGUAUAGAAAUCUCAGGUCAAUUUUGCACUGACUCUAACAUGAGAAUAAAACAUAUUGUGCCUCCCUUAUUCAGCACACCUGUCUGGUACCCAUUGUAUAUUCCUGUUCAGUUCUGGCCAAUAUAAAAUUGCUGUUUAGGUCACGUAAUCUGUCUGCACAUGCUACAUUUUGCAAUUAUCUAACAAGUUUUAUUUAAUCUGGAAUAAUUCAAAUCAAACUUGUCAGACACUUGGGUAAAAUAAUCUUUUUGCUGUCAACUGGGUAAAGCAUAAAAACUGAAUUGUUUCACAGAAAUAAGACAACUGUCUUUUUACAGGUUCUACUUGGAGGAACAUUUAUUGUUAAAAUGCUUGGCAGCAAUAUAAAUACUGAGAUCAUGAGCAGCAUGUUUCACAGCACAACCGCCAGUGCUUGUCACAAUACACAACCACGUGUGAUCCACUAAAUAGGGGUAGAUGUGUUGUAAUUACAAAACUAUUAAUCCACAGACCAAGCUGGUGUGGAGGACAUAAGCUCACAGCAGGUGGUGAAAUUUGAACUCCUAUAAAAUCUAAUUAUUUUAAAAACCUAAAUGGUUCACUGUCCGUCAGCGACAGAAAUCUGCUGUUACCUGGUCUGAACUGAGAGAGACUCCAGCCCCACAGCCAUGUGGUUGACUCGAUUGCCCUCUCAAAUCAUCCAGCGAGUCAAUUGUUCCAAGGCAACUAGCAUGACUGCAUGUUCCAUUGAAGAUUAAACAAAAUUCUCUGGCCUCCCUCUUGGGCCAGAGUCUGCUGUGUAACAUAAAUACAAUCUGUAUAUUAAACAUUUGGUUUCAGUAUACUCACAUUUACACCCCAGGAUGCAGACAUUAAUGUUUUUGGAAACAUUUACGUAGUACAAGAAUUGGAAAAUAGGAGAUUUGGAUUAUUCCUAGGUUGGAAAGGAUUUACCAUGUGACUUUUUAAGAACUCCAUUCAAAAAGGUCAAAAAGUUUCAUUAAAAAAUGUGAUUGAUUGAAAAGAUUGAUUUUGGCCAAUGAUAGCUGGACAAAAUUAAUAUUGGACAGGUCUCUGUGCUAAUGUUGCUUAGUAACAGCCUAUGAAUUUGGUACCUCAUACAGUAAACUUUCAGUUGAAAAAUGUUCUUUGGAGUUGUACAUAUUCUCUUGAAAAACAGAUGGAAUAAAGCUGGUGGGAGGAAAACGUUUCAGUAAGAUUUUAAAACUCUGAAGGAAAUCAAGUGAUAAGCUCUUUUUCAACAGUAAAUUUGUAAAAGGUUGCAUUUUAAACAGUAGGACUGCCCUAAAAUUUCCCAUCUGAAUGUGUUACAAAGAUUUUCUAUUAUUUUACAAUUGACAGCAACUGAUCUCAUCAACAGGAAGCCAAGUGAGACAAGUCAAUUUGUCAUCGCUGUCGUCUUAGUUUGGACCCUUUGGCCUAGAAUGAUGUUUAUACAAAGUUUUCAAAGACCAUUACACUCUAGAACAGUAUAAUUUGUGUGUUAAGAUGAGGAGGGAUAAGGUCUGCACAGUAUCUUUGUUACUGACUUUUUUGUUUCGCUUUGCCACUUUUUAAAAUGAUGUUCUCAAUAAACAAGUCAUU